AUGCUCGAGUAUUCAACGGAAACAAGUGCUUCAACGUCACGUCAUCAAUAUUCACGUGAAACCGUAGGACAAGAUUCCAUGUUGCACAAUGCUUAUAAUAUCGAAAACGUUGAUGAGUUUGAUCGUCCGGAAAUAAGCCAAAAUGAUUUAAGUUAUGAUAACGAAUACUAUGACAGGCAAUAUUAUAAUCAAACCGGACAAUCGGAUGAUUAUUUCCAUCCCAGUACAUCCGGUGAGCAAUACCAAAGCGAUGAAUAUUAUAACGGUAAUGAAUUGAGGUGA